ACGUUCACAAAUCAAAACACUUUAAAGUCUGUAUAUCGAUGCUGUAAUAAACAACAUGUAAAUUAUAGCCAAACGUGUGAGACAUGGCCACGCCCUAUAGAUGUAUGUUAUGAUCUUUCCUGCGUUUAUUAGUUUAUUUCCUGGUCAGAUUAUUGAAAGUGUGUUAAGCGAGCUGUGGCUGACGGCGUUCUGUGUACUGGAGAGAUCUCGCGCAGGUCUAAUAUCUCUGAUAAUACACACGAAUAUGAACAGAGCUGCAUAUGAAGCAGGUCUGGUGCAGCUGGAGGAUCUCUCACACGGACUGGAGGAAGACCCAGUGUAGGAGGGACUCGGUUUGGGCUCUAAGGGUGUGUACAUGACCACAGAUUACACUCGACAUUACCUUUCUGUGCAGGCUCCAGGUGUUCUGACAGAAAUGAAGCUUCAUACUCGAGAUUACUAAUCUAUCGAAUGAAUCUGGAUCCUUUAUAGACACCACAUAUGUGCUGCACUGAUCUUCGAGCGAGUAAUGAGUGUGUGAAGCGUUGCUACAGCGAGACAGAGAGCGGGAUCUUCCCUUGUGCUGAAGGUAUUUGAGCUCUGUUCCCGAGGCGUGAAGAUGCUGCAGCAGAUAUUGGUUGACAUGUUCAUCGAGCCGGAGCUGCUGGCCGAGCUGAAUGAGGAACAGAAACAGAUUCUGUUCUUUAAGAUGAGAGAAGAACAGAUCCGGAGAUGGAGAGAAAGAGAGGCGCAGCUGGAGAAUGAGGAAGCUGCACGUGUCAAAGUCAAAAAAGGAAAGACUGUGUCAUGGAUGAAGGGUCUGGAUGACGAUGUGUGGGUUUGGGUGAUGGGAGAACACCCUGAUGACAAACCCUACGAUCAAAUCUGUGACGAGGUCAUGGCCGAGAGAGCAGCCCUGCAGGCCCAGAGAGAGGCCGAGAAGCUCAGGGCUAAGAAAGCGGCUGAGCUGGAGAAGCGCUUUUCUGGCCUGCAUCUCGAACCGGAGCAGGUUGUGCUGUCAGAGCAGGAGGUCCGGCAGAAGGAGCAGAGGAGAGCGGAGGAGGAACUCAAGGUGCUCCCCGUCUCGUCUUUGCUUUUAAACACAUGGUUUGUGUCUGUCCUGACCUGGAGGCUUGUGCUUUGUCAGAAACUGGAGUUGGAGGAGAGGCGUAAGGCUGAGGAGGAGCUGAGGAGGCUGGAGCAGGAGAGGAAACAGCAGAUUUACAUCAGCCUGAAGGAGGUGCAGGGCAGUAAACACACUCGUGAGGAGGAGGAGGACAAGGAGUGGCAGAACACAUUGCAGAAGUCAAAAGCUGCAGACAUGCGCAGACGAUCUCUGGCCAAGCAGACUAUUGAGGACCACCGCAGGCGCUCAGUCAGAGCUCUGGAAAGAGGACGUGUAGCGGCCAUGACAAAGGCCUUCGGCAGCACGAAUCCAGCCCCUGCACCCAAACCCAGAAACACCACCAACAACAGCAAUGCUAUCAGACGGAAGGGUGGCAUGCGGCGCUCGCUGUCAGCAUCUAGUCGAGAGCAUAUUAUUCGCUGGUUCAAGGAGGAACAGCUGCCGCUCCGAGCCGGAUUCCAGCGCGACCAGAGCCGGAUCGCACCCUGGUUUCACGGUAUAAUAUCUCGUGAAGAGGCAGAGGCGCUGCUGGAGGAGGGCGAGCCCGGGUUCUUCCUGGUGCGUGUCAGCGAGAGGGUCUUUGGGUAUGUGCUUUCCUACCGCUCCAGUGAGGGAAUCAAGCACCUGCUGAUCGAUGCUUCAGAGAGCUGCUACAUGCUGCUGGGAGACCAGAUCAGAUUCAGCUCGCUCUCUGAACUGCUGGAAUAUCAUCAGGUGGAGCCGCUGAGCUCGUCUGGAGUGGAGGAGUAUCUGCGGAGAGCGUGUGGACAGAAAGCAGCCACAGCGGAUUACACAGAUCUCUUCACCUGAACCCAGCAGACGCAGCACAUCUGUCAUGACAUGAUGCCGUUUAUAGGCAUCGUCACACUUCAUAAGCACCUUUUUUAAAAGUAUUGAAUUUAUCUGAAGUUUAAAUCAAACAUUUUUUCAUCCUAAAGCAUGAGACCUUUGUGUAACAGCAGAUGAAACUCAGAAAACAUGAAGUGAAACUGAAAAGUCUAUUUUUAUAAGACGGAGUCCUUAUGUAUUUCAGAAACUCAUAUGACAAGCGGACUCUGCUUUUUAUUCUGUCGUAACUAGCCGGUCAGUUUAAAACAAACCCACAGUCACAGAUGUUACCGGAGGUUAUGCAAAGUGUGAAAUCAUCAUUGAUGUCUUUUUAUUACAACAUAUGUUUGAAACCA